AUGUUGCGCCCCGAAUGGAAGCCGCGGCCGGCCUCGUCGUUUCUUGGCUGCCUUGACUUGAAGAUCGGCGUCACUGUAGCCUUACUGUUUGCCUUGCUCAACAAGGUUGCGGGCGUUUAUGGUCUUAUUGCGGCCUUGACCGGAGCCGGCGGCUCGUUCGCCCAAAUAAGCCUCUACGUGUACUCGGUCUUCGGGCUCGUCGUCCUUGCGUGGGGUCUCAGGGCGGUAACGGAGGAGGAUGCUAAGCGUUCGCUGUACUUCGCCCACAUGUUCUUCGCCGACCACGUCCUCUCCACAAUGUGGACGGUCUUCUUCGCUGUUACAUAUUGGGUAUAUACGCCACACGAUGGACGAAGGCAAGCGAGCUCGGCGGCACAGGAGGAGAUCAUGAAUGGCGGCAUGAACAACCGGCCUCCGAUGUCGGAUGUGGAACGCGAAACUGCCGCUCGGAUGAUAUGGAACCAGGAGAAGGGCUCUGCAGCCGCGCUGAUCACCAUUGGCUGGUUAUCCAAGUUUUACUUCGCACUGCUAAUCUACUCCUACGCGAUGCAUCUGCGACGAGGCUCGUAUCGUUCCCUCCCACACUCGCGACCCAAUCCUGCCACAACCGGCGUAUACGCCGCCCUCGGUGACGACGAAGAGGACGUCGAGAUCGAGGAAUUCUACCGCGUCCCCACCCGCACGCCCGCGGGCAACUCCAUCAGCAACUUCGGCGACUUGAGCACAACGUCCGGGCGUCUGCAGAAGCAAGCGUCGCGCAAUCCGAGCUCGAAGUCGCUCGGAGACGACGCAGUGGACGAGGUGCUGUUCGACGAGGACGAGGCGGAUAGGCACUCGCGGCUAGCGAGCGCGGAGGGGAGUACGAGCAAGAGCUCGUCGGAAGAUGAGCCGCCGGCGGGAGUGGGCGCUGGCCACGACCGGAGUCGGACGGCGCGGGCGUGGAUGGCGCCGGUACCGGGCGCACGAUGA